CUGCCUCUCUCUCUCUCCACCCGGCGUCUGGUUCGCAAAGCCUCCCAGCCAUUUCCCCCCACUCUGCUAGUCUCUCCCGUCUCUUGACUGUACUCAGAGACGAUUUUCGUUAUCGAGACGGUUGCAGUGUGUUUCUCUCUCUCACUCUUUCUCUUCUUCGUCCUGGCUGACACACACUGCAGCGGCACAGCAGCACAGUUAAAAAAGCUGAGUUUGUAUCCACAUUUGCCAUCAGUCUCCCCGGUUUCGCUCGCACAAAACUAGGCCAGUUUUCUCAUCAGUUUUUGCGACUUUGGCGUCGUGUCCACUUGAAAUCCCUUCGCUCUUCAAACACAUUUUGUCCAUCCUUUCAUCAUGAGCUGGCAAGAUUACGUCGACAAGCAGCUCCUGGCUUCGGGUUUCGUCAACCACGCCGCAAUCAUCGGCACCGACGGUUCAUUGUGGGCCAAAUCUGCAGCUUUCAAUGUAACACCUUCUGAGCUGACCACCUUUGCAAACAACUACUCGUCUCCAGAAUUUUUCCAGGCCAACGGCCUUACACUAGCUGGCAUUAGGUUCAUCUUUCUCUCAGGCACCGACAGGGUCUUGCGAGCCAAGAAGAACAAGAGUGGAUUGCACUGCAUGAAAACUGAGAAGGCUAUCGUGGUAUCUAUUUAUGAGGAACCAACAACACCCCAGCAAGCUGCCAAUGUAGUCGAAAAGCUGGGUGAAUACCUCAUGGGCCAUGGAUACUAGACAAGCAGAGGAAAGGGCCAGCACACAAAGGGAGCGGGGAUAAGACCAGCCAGAAGUGAGAAAAUCCGGACAAAAUUUUGGAUGCUUCAGACCAAUCAAUGGAGAUCAUUCAGCAUCAUCACCACUACUUCAAUCUUAUUUAAAAAAAUUAAUUUCCACUCAGUUUGUUAGAUGGAGUCCAAGAUUGAUUCUUUCCCUUUCUCUUAAGUGGCAUUUUUUUUAUUUUUCUCUUUUCUUUGCUUUUGUAGAGAUGAUACAUUUGCCCAUUCCUUUGCGUCACUUCCCAAUUUGAUAAAAGAAAAGGAGGGAGUGGGUGUCAUUUUGUCUGCGGUCGAUUAUUUCUUCUGAUUCGUUUGAAAUUUGCGAGCUAGCCAAGAGUUGGGAAGAUUUGGGAAUGUCUGGGGUCCCGAUGUGGCAUAAGUGUCGCUCCUUUUUGUGUUUCAGAUCGUUUUCCACCCAGUCGUAUUCAAAGCAUGUUUUUUUUGUAUUUUUUUUUCUUUAUGUUAAACUAAACAAAUUACUCUCCCAGCCCUCCGUCUUAAUUCUUUUUCUUCCAUUGGAAAUUUGAUAUUUAUUUUAAUUUUCUAUUCUUUGAAAUUCCGGCACUAAUAAGAGCUAAAACAUUAAUGUACUCCUAUUUUCUAGUCUGGUCUCCAGCCUCAAAGCCAUCUGAUGGGAUUUGUACUCGUCAGAUUGGAAGGAAAAGUGUGGAAAAUUGAAAUUCCCCGUCUCUCCUAGCUUCUGUCCUUUUUCUAAUUUUUUUCUACUUUUAUUUUAUUUUUUUUGUCACGAAAGAAAAAAUUUCGAGCGUCUGGCUUGAUCUAUAAAUCUGUGGUUAUACCUCUCGUCCAGCCCAACGAAGAACAAAAGAUACGAAAAGAAACCAGUAUGAAAACGUCAGCUGUAAAUUUUUGUUUUUCAAUCGCUGCGAGAUCCAGUGGAAAUUGAAACAGGAUUUCCUUGAAUAUGAUGAAUGAUUUAUUACCAUUGGGGUAUUUUUUUUGGUGUGCUCAAUACAGGUUCCAGACAGAA